CACAUUGCUCGAGCCUAAUUUCCACUAAUACGGUACACCUAUUGCAGUUCUGUGACGCGUAGAUGGCGUCGUUACCAUCUCGCAACGCGUCAUCAUCGAGUCUUAAGCGAAAGGCUUCGUCAUCUACGAUCGUUAGUCAGGUGGAGAAAUCGAAGAGGGCGCGGAGCUCCAAGCGCACAACCUCAAACGCCACAGCAAGCCAAACGACCACGAAUGUUAGCUUAGAUUCGGACGAAUGCGAAGCAGUAGCGAGCUCUCAAGACAUAUCCCCACCUUCAUGGAAUGGAAUGCCAACUAACAAAGUGCUCCCUGCUGUCCUCAAAUUCGACCCGAAACAAGGUGUUCGCAUCGUAUCAUGGAACAUAUGCGGUUUAGCGGCUGCCAUCAAGAAAGGGCUUCUAAAGUACCUCACCGCCGAAGAUCCAGACAUUAUCGUUCUCACGGAAACAAAGGUGAACCAGCCACCCGCAGACCCCAGUCUCGUUGACAGGUUCCCUCAUCGGUAUUGGAGCGUGUCAGAGAAGAAAGGCCAAGCUGGAACAGCCAUACUGUCUAAAUACAUGCCUCUCAGCGUAACCUACAAUCUUCCGGGCUAUGACAAUCCCUCUGUUGUCAAGGGUCGAAUUGUCACACUGGAAUUUAAUGAAUUCUGGCUGAUUGGAACCUACGUGCCGAAUGCAGGUGCAGAACUCAAGACGUUGGGUAUAAAAAAUGCAUGGAACACAGCGUUUCAAACGUACAUCCACAAUCUCGACAGAACUAAACCAGUAAUAUGGGCCGGGGAUCUUAAUGUUGCCCCAACAUCGAAAGACCUUAAGAACGACAAGUCUAACUGGAACAAGACUGCCGGCUACACCUCGGAUGAAUGUUCAGCUUUUGCCAGGAUCCUCGAGAACCUCAGCCCCACGGCGACAUCACAAGUCUCCAAAACCGGUGACGAGUCAUCAAUAACUAAUAUUCCCAAAUCUGUGCAAGUAUCUCCCACAAGUCGACUUCUAGAUAUUUGGAGGGAGACACACCCAGACGAUGAGCAUUAUACGUACUUCAGCUUCCGCUUCAACUGCCGCGCAAAACAAGUAGGUUGGAGAUUGGACAUGUGUAGGUUCAAGGGCUUUAUUAUGCCACAACAAUCACUAACCAAUUCCAGUCAUAUUAAGCGAGAGAAUCCGACACGAAGUGAAGAUGUGCGGAAUUAGGUACGUGCUUUCGUGAUGACACCGAGCAGUUCUUUACUGAAGGUCUAAAGAAAUGAGAUCUAUGGCGCCUCUGAUCAUUUGCCCAUAGUAUUGGAAAUUAGCGAAUCGUUAUUGUGUUGAAAUAAUGUUAACAAUGAAGAUAGGAUACUUGCGACGUUGGCCAAACCCUUCUAAUUGUACACUU